AACUCACCCUGGGUUUAUUCACUAGGCUAAACAGGAUGCAUUAGUUUGAGUCUUGGGAAUGCCUGAAGAACUCUUUGUCCAUUCUCUGAGAUUAACUGAAUUUUUCUCCUCAAAGCGAUAAGUAUUUUAACAUUAAUGAUAGUGGCGGGAUGAUGCGUGUACUGAUUCUGAUGUUGUCCUUUUUUAUCGCUGACGGAACUGGCCGGGUGAUCCCAACCUGCACAGCCGAGGCUUGCUUCACAUUGCAUUUGAAAGAAAAGGAUUUUGAAAAAGCUUCUGAUAACUGUGUCAAUAAUGGUGGCAAUUUGGUUACUAUGAGAAAUGAAAAUGAAUUUCAGAGCGUUAAAUCGGUCCUUCUGGCAGCAGAAGACAUCAGCAUCCUUAACUCUAAAUUUUGGAUCGGACUUGCGUUGACAAAAGGACGCUGCACGGAUUUCACUGAGGAGUUGCACGGCUUCAGAUGGACGACAGACCCAAAAGAGUCCAAAUUUUCCAACUGGAAAAAUAAACCUUUGCGCACGUGCACGGAAAAUAGAUGCGUGUCGAUUUCGCGGGCUGAUGAUCUCAAGUGGACAGAUGGCUCAUGUAGAGAAAGUGCAUUUUAUAUAUGUAAAUUUAUUUCCAAAGGCAUGUGCAAACCUUUAGUGAUGGAAAAACCAGGUGAUGUCAAAUAUAAUCUUCCGUUCUUCUUAGACAAACCGCAAACCGCAAAAAAGUUGGCGAUGAUACCACACGGGACAUGGGCUGAAAUAAUGUAUGGACGGUCGAAAGAUGCAGAGUCCUUUAUCUCAGUUUGUGACAACAAAGAUGGCACUUUUACCUGGACAAAUUCAGAGCGUUUUAACGCUCGAGAUAAUAGAAGUUGUGCGCGCGAAAACGGAGGCUGUCAUCACCAUUGUUCAGAGACUGCAGGAGCAAGUGUUCGUUGUGAAUGUCGUGACGGUUAUUAUCUGAUGGAUGAUCAAGUUAGUUGCGCUCUCAGAAACACCUGCGAAAAUUCACCGUGCAAAUCAAAGUGUAUUCCGACAGCUUCUGGAUUUUCGUGCGCAUGCGCGGAUGGAUCUCAGCUGUCUGAAGACAACAUCAGCUGCGUUGAUAUCGAUGAAUGUGAUCAGCGUGUCUGCGGUGAACACAGGUGUCGCAACACGCCGGGAAGCUUUCUUUGUGAGUGUAACCCAGGGUUCAGGCUUGUUGCUGGCAAAUGUGAAGACGUGGACGAAUGCACCGAAUCAAAGUGUCAGCAGGGCUGUCUCAAUUCGCAGGGUUCAUUCUCUUGUUACUGCCACGCAGGUUACGUUUCAUUAUCAGACGAUAGAGGGAUAUGUACAGAUAUAGAUGAAUGCCUUGGUAAACCAUGUGAAGACAACUGCCUCAAUACUAUGGGUAGUUUCAAAUGUUCGUGCAGAGAAAACUUCAUUUUGGCUAAAAAUGGCAUCAGCUGCGUCCAGGAACCCACUGAGAAUCCACAAAACACUCCAUCUCCAGUUCAUAGAGAAGAGUUCAUCACUAAAUUGAGUCAUUUACCUGUCAGUUUUGAGUCGACAACAAUCAACCCCCCUCAACUUAACAAGACAAACGUUAAAGCGGACACCACUAAACGCAGAGAAGGUUUCCUCGGCAGUUCUUGGAUAUUGGUGUGCGCCGUCUUGGCUUCGGUUACACUGGUUGCGCUCACUGUGGUCAUCGCUGUCGUUUUAUGGAAACGUUCAAAAAAAGCCACUUUGAAAAAUACCACCGCUGACAACUACUGCUGGGUUUCAUCUGGAUUGGACAAAGAACGGAAAAAAAGCAACAUUUAACUGAACAAAUAAAUGUAACUAUCCCAAGUGUGAAAUUUUGCUGUCAGCAACAUAUUUAACAAAGAUACAAUGUUAAAGACAUUUUGACGCAAAUGCCUGUUUUAGCGUUGUUUGUUUCAAACACCAGUUCAGAACUUUUUUAUGUAAUCAUGUCUCAUGUCAUAACAUUGUUUAGAGCAUUACAAAAAAAAUUAAAGAAAAAAAAUGGUGGGUUGGAGGAUGGGUUUAACAAUAGGGCCUAUUGAAUAACAAUAUUCUGUCCUCUGUGGAAACCAGUCCUCAGUUGUUUAAAAAAUUAAAAGACAUGAAAUAACAGGCAAAAACAAAGAGUUUUUUUUUCAUUCACUAAUCAAUUUUUUUAGGUCAGGAUUGUUUUUAACCAAACUUAGAAUAAAGGUGAUUCUCAACUAUAUGUUAUGAAACAAAUAACGGAAUGAAUUGAUAUACCAUUUUGCUUUAUGCAAUAAAAUGGCCAUAAAUGGGUAGUCCCAUUCAGUUAUUUAUCUAAAUGAUUUGCAUAAUGUUCUUGGGGCAACAUGUAAUAAAAACAGGAGUCUAAUAAUGCAUAAAUAUGUAUAUAUAAUUUCUUUAUAUCCACUUGUGUCUCCCAGAAUGCCUGAUAAACAUGAUGUCCUCUGGGACAUGUAUUAAAUCAAUGCAGUGUUGACAAGUUAUACUGUGUGUCAUGUCAACUUUAACAAUUUACCUUAUUAAAUAGAGUUCCUGUCUUUUACCUGU